AUGAAGCUCCUUGAAACCAUCGCCUGCACUGCAGCGUUGUUGCCGCUCGUUGCAGCAGACUGGCAGUUCAAAUCUCGAACAGAUCUGGCCCCGCCUCGUCUGAACAUCACCAUCCCGGCGACAAAGGAUGUCGAAAAGGGUUACCUCUUUAUCGCGCCUUUCCCAGGUCAAUGGGCUGAGCCACAGUUCCACGGUCCGCGCCAGGAAGCUCCAUAUAUCGUUCGUGAUGACGGUGAGCUGGUCUGGUCAGGCUAUACCUACUUCUCCAUCUGGGCCACCAACUUCCAGAAGGCCAGAUGGAAUGGUCAGGAUGUGCUGUUCAGCUUCGAGGGUGAUCAUAACCCGGCCUAUGGACAUGGUCAUGGUCAUGCUACCGUUCUGAAUCAGAACUAUGAGACUAUUCGGGAGCUCCGCGCUGGAAACCACAAGCUCAUGGACAAGCAUGAAUUCCACGUCAUCGAUGAGAAGACUGCGUUACUUCAGGUCUAUCAGCCUGUGCCGAAGAAUCUGUCUCGCUGGGGUGCUAGCACUGAGCAGCAGUGGAUCGUCGAUGCCAUCUUCCAGGAGUUGGAUAUUGAGACUGGAGAACUGCUAUUUGAGUGGUCUAGCCUCGAGCAUGUCUCUCCUGAUGAGGCGGUCCUCCCUCUCAAUCCUGGUCAAGCGGGUGCGGGCUACAACUCAUCCGACGCAUGGGACUACUUUCAUAUCAACUCUGUGGACAAGGAUGUCCAAGGCAACUACCUGAUAUCUGCACGAGAUGCAUGUGCAGUCCACAAGGUCAACGGUACCACUGGUGAAAUCAUAUGGCGGCUGGGUGGUCUCCGCUCAGACUUCGAGCUCGGUCCCAAUGUCAAGUUCUGCUUCCAACAUCACGCACGAUUUGUCGAACAGGGCGACAAUGAGGAAAUCAUCUCGCUUUUCGAUAACUCGGCUCAUGGAACAGAGAACCACGGCGGCAAAGAGGUUCACACCCAUCCUUUCUCACAGGGUAAGGUCAUUUCUGUCAACACUGCCACCUGGACUGCAGAGAUUGUUCAAGCCUUCCAACCUCCCGAUGGACUUCUCGCCAAGUCCCAAGGCAGUACCCAGCUUCUACCCAACGGUAAUGCCCUGGUCAAUUGGGGAUCCGAGGGAGCUAUGACUGAGUUCCGGGCGGACGGUACCCCGAUUUUCCACGCAUACAUGGACUCAGGACUGCUGGGCGAGGGUGUCCAGAACUAUCGGGCAUUCCGGUACAACUGGACUGGCCUACCCACAGAAGAGCCUGCCAUUGUAGCUGAGAGGACCUCCUCUGGCACUGAAAUCUUUGUUUCGUGGAACGGUGACACUGAGACCGCGGUUUGGCGAUUUUAUGCUGUUACCGAUCGAUUCGGGUCUCGGGAAUUCUUGGGCGAGGCUACCCGCGCUGGAUUCGAAACGUCUUUCUCCGUGCCUGGUCACUCAUACCGGAAAUUGGCAGCUGAGGCUGUCUCAGCUCGCGGUCGUGUCUUGACUACAACUAGGGUUGCUCAUAUCCAGGAGGCGGUGGUCCCUCCUAAUACUGUUAUUGCAGGAUCCGAGGACCGUAGCUCUUGGAGACAGUUGAUCUUGCAGGCAUAG